AUGAGCAAUGAUCCAAAGACGUCUGAUGCGGGGCGCGAAACGCCUCUUCCACAAUACGAAAAGACGCAAUCGGUGCCGUUCACUCUCAAUCUCCAGGAAGAUGCACGCAAUCCUGGCCAAUUCCAGCUCGUCUUCAACCUGGGCCCGAAACAGCAAUCGUCGAUCGGUGUGCCUCUGAGUUGUGCACCUAAUGUUGCCGCGUCUGCGACCCUACGAGAUGGCUUGAAGUCUAGUGUCGAGAGCUCAGUUCCUCAAAAGACGAGUCCGCCAAGCACUCCUCUUCACGACAGGCAAGGCUGGGCCGAUCUGGACAAUGUGCCUCCUGACUUUCUCAAAAAGGUAGUGCCGGAUUGGAAUGUUUCCUUCUCGCGGAGCGACUCAACGGCUUCCACCCAAUCCAAACGACUUACCGACAUCAAGGCCAGGAUCAAGAAGAAGGGAAAGGGCUACGUGGUGCGCUUGUUGAAAGGCUCAACUGAUUCGAAUGAGAUUGCCGAAGUUGAUUUGGGUCAACCGGUUGGCUCAGAACGGGAAUUUGCGACUCCAGAGCUUGACUCGGCGACUUUGCCUGCGGAGCUGUAUUCUCCCCCUUCAGCUGUUGCAUCAAAUACCGACAGUCUUUUGGGUCGCGACGAUAUCUUCGAGAUCGGAAGUUCCAAUACCUCAGGCAUUGAACGGACACCGCCCUCUACGAUUCCAACAAGGAGUCAUCUGCCGCGCAAUAGUCUAGCCCGGUCUUCGAUUGCAGAGGAUGGCUUCAGUGAUGCUGAGACUCUGAUACCAGACAUCCGCUCGAUAUACGACCGUAUGGAUGAAGACCAGACUGAUGCAGAACCGUCGUCUCAGACCCCAUCAAUGUUUCCUACCCGGUCAGCCUCAGUGUCCAGUAUCGUGAAGACGCCAACCCGCGGCUUGUCACUUGUUGGACCUGUGAGAAAGCGUGUCGAGAAGCGGACGCGUCCCCGAGUGAAAAGCCGUGCAGCGACCUUAGAUCUCAAGCGAUCGGACGCUCACAAAUCCGUCAAGCGUCGCGUAGGACCGACAGCCUUUGCAUCCGAUAGUCAAGUGGUAGACGAUUUGGUGAACUCGACUAAUCUACGCCAACGCAUCCGUCCGGUGUCUCGACAGUCAAGUGGUGUUGAUCUAGCGGAUGAUGAGUAUGCCACCUGGUCGCAACCAGUGCGACAUACGAGUGCGCCCAAGCCGCGGCAUCUCCGCCACGUAUCAGCGGACGACCUACAUAUUCCAUCUCGACCCAAACAUGGUUUACGGCUGAACACCGACGUACCUCAGACCAAGUCAGCUCAUGUGUCGCCAGCGACGCGCCGCAAGAGAUCACCUAGGAUACGGAAGCACGCAUCAUCAUCUUCUUCGUCAAUAGAUACUGAGGACGCCAAUGCACUGCUAUCACCCCAGUCGGCAGGAGUGGGUCGUGCAGAUGAGCUCCGUGAAGCGUUAAGAAGAGCUUUAGAUCAAACUGAGUCAGGGAAUGAGGAUCUUGAUGAUAGAUUCGAAAAGCCUGUAGUGCCCACCAUUGUUGAGCCAUCGAUUGACGAUCAUGUUGGCGAGAUACCGCUACCUCCGGAAGCAGAAAUACGGAUGGCAUCUUCUGAGGGUCGAAACACAACAUUGAGGUACUGGGGACUUGCAUUGAGUGCCUUGUCGGACAAAGCCUAUGAAGGUUUUCGAUUGCUUCGUGAUACAUUCGGUACUGAACCGCCCGUGCCGCAGGGGCAUGUGCGGGUGCGAUGGAAUUGCUCCUGUGGUGAGCCAUUGUACGACGACUUCAUCGAACAGCGACCCAAUGCUGCCCGCCUUCUUGAAGCUUAUCUCAAUCGCCCAAGAGCUCAUACACCACAUAGUCCUACCAGCCAAAGCAGCACAUCGUCAUCGAUGGCCUCCAUCUUUGACUCGUCGAGCAGAGCGUCCACAUUGACCACGCCGUCGUCGACAUACGGUGGGCCUAACUCCUGGACUAGAGGCAGCGACCCUUCCAAGUAUAGCCCGUCGCGUACCGCCGCCAGCAACCCCUUCAGUGUCCGUAUGCCAUCCUUCGUCCAGGAAUCCUGGCUUUUGACUUGCGCGAAUGAGGGUCGACUGACACCAAAGAUCGUCCAUCUCGAUGUCAACGAAGGGCGCGUAAGAAGCGACAAAGACCUUGCGCUCGCGCUGCGAGAGCAUUACGACCAGCUCAACCGCCGUUGGUUCAACUGGGCUCGUCUUCGCGGGCUGACGACCAUCGAGUUUGUUCAAUUCGAAGUCCAUCGCAAUCGCUUCGCUGAUAUCCGUGCGACACCGUCUAUGCCUCCCAAGUCCGCUGCCUCAUCAGCUUCGACCAGCGAACCAGAGAAGUCUGCAGCGCCGUCUCAGCAUCCGUACACCUUCGAGCCCAACGACCUUCUGCCGCCCGUUGGUAGCACGUAUCUCCUCCAUUUGUUCAAGCACCCGCAGGACUAUGAGGGCGAGCUCAUCACGUAUCUUCGCAGUCCGAAGCGGAGGCAGCGGUUGGAGUUCGGUAUGGGCUGGGGCGUUCAUCUUGUGGAGGGGUUCCUUGCGCAGCGCGUGUGGGCAGUGACCAUGGGCGUUUGCGGUUUGGGUAGUGCGGUAUUCGCAAUUCUGUGGACGGUUAGGAAGGGCGAUGUACAAGGUGCAUUUGGCGUUGCGCAAUGGGUGUUGGGUAUUGCUGUUUUGCUGGUUGGCGGUCUGCAGGCGUGGUUGGAGUAG